UGUGAAAAUCAUGAAAAAAUUCACACUGGGGAGAAACGCUAUGUAUGUAGGCAAUGUGGCAGAGCUUUUGGCACAAAAUUUAAUUGUGAAAAUCAUGAAAAAAUUCACACUGGGGAGAAACCCUAUGUAUGUGAUCAAUGUGGGAAAGCUUUCAGCAGACACAGUCAUUUUCAAAUACACAUAAGAAUUCAUACUGGGGAGAAACCCUAUGUAUGUAAGCAAUGUGAGAAAGGAUUUAGUACACACAGUCAUUGUAAGAGACAUGAAAGGACUCACACUGGGGAGAAACCCUAUGUAUGUCAGCAUUGUGGGAAAGCUUUCAGCACACAAUUUAAUUGUCAAAAUCAUGAAAGAAUUCACACCGGAGAGAAACCCCAUGUCUGUAAGCAAUGUGGGAAAGCAUUUAUUACACACAGUCAUUGUAAAAUACAUGAAAGAACUCACACUGGGGAGAAGCCCUAUAUAUGUAAGCAUUGUGGGAAAGCUUUUAUCACACAUGGUAGUUGUCAAAUACAUGAAAGAAUUCACACUGGGGAGAACCCCUAUGUAUGUAAGCAAUGUGGGAAAACUUUUGGCACAUAUAGUCACUGCAAAAGACAUGAAAAAAUCCACACUGGUGAGAAACCCUAUGUGUGUCAGCAAUGUGGGAAAGCUUUCAGCAGACACAGUCAUUUUCAAAUACAUAUAAGAACUCACACUGGGGAGAAACCCUACAUAUGUAAGCAAUGUGGGAAAGCAUUUAUUACACACAGUCAUUGUAAAAUACAUGAGAGAACUCACACUGGGGAGAAACCCUAUGUAUGUAAGUAUUGUGGGAAAGCUUUCAGUGCACAAGGUAAUUGUCACAACCAUGAAAAAAUUCACACCGGGGAGAGACCUUAUGUAUGUGAUCAAUGUGGGAAAGCUUUCAGCAGACUCAGUCAUUGUAAAAUACAUGAAAGAACUCACACUGGGGAGAAACCCUAUGUAUGUAAACAAUGCAAGAAAGGAUUCAUCUCCAAAGAUAGUUGUAAAAGGCAUGAAAUGACUCACACUGGGAAGAAAACCUAUGCAUCUUAUUUGGGAUAG